UGAGCUGACACAAAAUGAGAGGACUUUUCAUCUUGGUUACUUUGGCCUGCUUUGCCACCGCACAGCACCAAGCACUGAUUGACUAUUUGGAACGGAGGCUGCUCGCUAUUGAGGACCGGAUCUCUCAGUGGCACGAACAGACCACCCGUUUUGCCUCAGAGCUGCGGGAGCUGAAGCAACAGAUGGUUUCCCAGCUAGACAACCUGGACAAAGAGAAAGAGGCACUGAGAAUGAAUCUGGAUGGUUUGGGGACAAGGGUGGACCGGGUCGAGCGUGAGCUGGACUACCUGGAGACUCAGAACGGGGCUCAGCCAUGUGUGGAUGUGGACGACAAGCUCAUAGAGCAGCAGGUGACUCUAGUGAAGGAGAAUCAGAAGGCCAAAUAUUCAAAAUUCUCAGACUGCAGCGACAUGAUCUCCAGUAUAAAAGCCAUGAAGAUCCUGAAGCGAGUUGGAGGGCCAAAGGGCAUGUGGAGCAAAGACACCGGCAGGAGCUCUGGGAAGGUUUAUAUUUUCAAUGGGACAGAUGACGACACAAUCUGGGAAUUUGCCUCAGUGCAAGACUUUACCCGCUCACAGGGCAUGUCUCUAUCCAAGAACCUGAAGCUGCCAUCUCCCUGGAUGGGAACAGGACAUGUCGUCUACAACGGCCAUGCGUACUAUAUUGAUCAGGCUGAAGAGAUAAGAGUGGUCAAAUAUGAUAUAAAGAACAAAUCUGUGACUGACAGUGCAGUGUUUCCAGUGCAGGACCAUGUCCCUAUGUACAGCCUGACCCCUGAGACACCGAUGGACCUGGCCGUGGACGAGGAAGGCCUGUGGGCCGUUUAUGCCACACGGCAGAACGAGAGGCACAUCUCUCUAGCUAAAAUGGACGCUAACUCACUAGACAUCGAGCAGAUGUGGGACACAAACUGUCCGAGGGAGAACGCAGAGGCGGCUUUUGUCAUCUGUGGCACUCUGUAUGUGGUGUACAACACCAAGCAGCCCGGUCGCUCACAUGUGCAGUGCGUGUUUGAUGUCAAUGGCAUGGUGACCAGUGAAGAUGCUCCACUGGUUUACUUUCCAAAACGCUAUGGAGCUCACUCCAGUCUGAAAUACAACCCACAUGAGCAGCUGCUCUAUGCCUGGGAUGACGGCUACCAGAUUCUGUACAAGCUCAUCAUGAAAAAGAAACUGGAAAUUUGAGCUGAUUUCUGCAGACCAUCCACCCAAACCUCCCCCUAACCAUGCAUCAGCUCUUAAAGGACCAAGCAGUGUUUUCUCUAGCGCCUUACAAAUCCUGUAUUCUUCCUGUAACUGGUGACUAUUUUUUAAUGUGUGCUGCAGAAUUUCAGAUUUUUUAAUGUGUCAU